AUGCGCCUGUUCACUUCAUAUGCUCUAUGGACUCUGGCGAUUUUAGCGGGUCUGUCGACUGCAAAUGCAGCCGUCGCAUCGGAUAGCUCUCAAUGCCUUGCUGAGAUCUGUGGAGAGCCACUCUUUGGUGUGGAAUCCUCCUUGGUUGCGCGAAGCACACCGCAAAAGCCGUGUCCUUCCGCUACAGCCACCCUCAAACAUAGGGAUCUCACGAAUGCCGAACGGCUCGGCCGCGGUCUUCCUCUCAAGCCUCCCGUUCGUCGUGGACAUGCCGCACGUUCACAAGUGUCACCAAUCCCUCAAGUCCCCGAGCCCGAGGAACCAGAACCUCCCACCACUGAGCCUGAGCCCAAAGAAGUUGUUUACCAGGGUAAAAUUGAAGUUCGUAAAACAGAUGGAACGUCGCUUGGAUAUAUCUACGCCACUAACAGGGCUAGUGGGCUGUUCACCUAUGGAACUGUUGAGGGAUCUGCUCUCACAAUCUCUUUUUCGUUGAACGAAGGCGUCACCUCUGGCACAAAUCUGGCCAUUACUAUGCUCAACUCCGAUGGCCCCUUGCUUGGACUUGUUCAAGGUCGCGACAGUACCACUGUUGAUAUUGCAACCGGUUCAUUCAACUAUCUAUACAUCAACGGGAUCGAACUUCCUGGGUCAUCACCUGGAAGCGUACCCAUAACUAUGCCCAAUGGCUAUUCAUCAAACAGGGCGGCAGAGUCACAUAUUUGGAACUUGGAUCUGACUACAGGGGAUCUUUCCCCUCAAUGGAUCAACUCUGACGGAUCUUCUCCUGUUACCAAGCUUUGGAGUCAAAGUAACUUCCUGUAUGCCGGUGCCGACCCCGCUGCCUUCCUUGCGAAGUAUCCUUCCGCAGUGACCCCAUUGACGCUUCACUUCGUCGUUGAUGAUCAAUCGUCGACCUGA